UCCUUCUAUUAUUACACCAGUAUACUGUAUAGUUUUUCUCUCUCUUUAAUUUUUCUGAAUUCAUCAAAAAUAAAAAAAAUUCUCAUCAUCACACAUUCAGUGUAUCCUUAAGUCGCAUCAUCAUCUAUCAAACUUUGAAAAAAUUCAAAGUAAUCCAUUAUUUCACUGUAUCGUUUUCUCAAAGAGUUGCUUCAAAUUGUAGAAACAAAGAGGGUAAAUUGGAAUCAAUUUUCGCCUUGUUGUGUAAGGUUUUCUUUUCGAUUUGAUUUGAUUUGAUUUUGAAUUUGAAUGUGUUCCACUUCCUCGUAUAUAACAAUUUUGAGUGAUGGUGACUACCUGGGUUUGAGUUAGACAAGCAAAAAGAAACCGGUCUGUCUAUCUAGUAUUCAGUACUAGUAAAAUAGAUGCAAUAUAAUUGCGAGGCGAUCGAGUUUUUUCUCUUAGCUAACUGUCAGACAACGAUGUAAAAGCUCCAUUUUGGGGUUUUAGAAGACACUAAUCAUCAGUGGAGUUAGUAAUUGGAAUUAUCAAUAUAUUUUAUUCUCAUAAAUUCUAGCAUUUUAUGGAUUCAACAUCUAGAGUUGAACAACCCGACCCAAACAUUGUCGGUAGCAGCGAAGGAGGUACAGGUACAUCAUCAGCAAGCGCUGUGACGGAGGGGGGACAGUCAACAACGGUGUCUGCAGCACCGCCAAGUCGAUACGAGUCACAGAAACGUCGAGAUUGGAAUACUUUUUUACAGUACUUAAGGAACCACAAACCGCCAUUAACCCUAGCCCGCUGCAGCGGAGCUCACGUGAUCGAGUUCCUUAAGUACCUUGAUCAAUUUGGGAAAACAAAAGUGCACGUGACCGGGUGCCCGUAUUUCGGGCACCCAAAUCCACCCGCACCUUGUGCGUGUCCGUUAAAACAGGCUUGGGGUAGCCUUGAUGCACUAAUUGGAAGGCUAAGAGCUGCUUAUGAAGAAAAUGGGGGAAAACCUGAAUCAAAUCCAUUUGGUGCCAAAGCUGUUAGAAUUUAUUUAAGGGAAGUUAGAGAAAGUCAAGCAAAAGCUAGAGGAAUUCCUUAUGAAAAGAAGAAACGUAAACGGCCCAGUACAUCCAGUUCGGUCGCGACAGCUGGAAGUGCUGUCGCGGCAGAAGGAGGAAGUAGUAGUGGUGGUGGUGAUGGCAGUGGCGGAGACGGUGUUAUUGGUCAACAACCACCUACUGAUCCUAAUACAACAGUAUAGUAUAAUACUAUUCAUUUUCAAUUUUAAGUUUAGUUAGUAAUUGUGAAUUACUUGAAUCUUAUAUGACGCGAAUUCAAAUUUAGUUCUGAUCACAUUUGUUUUACUAAAAUAUAUAUAGUAACAAUUGAAUUAUCAUUCAUCUGGUAA